AUCUUAAUCGUAAAAUACGUUAAUAUCAAGAAACAAUAUUCCAAAUAUGCACUAAAAAGAUAAUGCGAUAUUUUUAGUUUUUUGUAUUUUUAUUUAUGACAAUUCUUAGAUUUGUAACGGAAAAUACGCAUGUUUUCCAAGCAAGCUCUACUUCUAUAAAAUUCUGGUAAAAAUAAUUUGUAAUCACAAUUUAAAGAAACUCAAAACCACUUAUACCUCAUUAUUGCUGAACAAACACUUGAAAACAACUGCACAAAUAUUUUUCUUAAAAUUUCAACCACUUAUUUUUAUUUUUGGAUUACCUUGGAUUACCAUUUUUUUUUUUCAAAAACAAAAAACAAGUAAUGGCACGAAGGCCGCCCCCCACACACCGAAUCCUCGUCGAAGAUGCGAUGAUUAGACGACGGGAAAAAGAAUUUUGUCAUGACCGUCUGUGGAACGGCCAAAGAAGAUAUUACGAAGACUUUGAAAGGAAAAAUACGAAAUAUGAUGAAUGGACCUCACCUCGUUAUUACGAAAAUCAGAAAAAAAUCAUAGAAAAAACGAAGAAACAACGUGAACAUGAUGAAAAUCUUGAACGAAGAAGAGAAAAAUUAAGGAAAUUGUUUUAUGAAGAAGAAAAGUUGUUUGAGGCUGAAUUGAAUAUACGUAAGGUCAGAAAUAUGGCCUCUGUGAGGUCACCAAGACCUAACGAGAUCCCAACUGAAAUCCUCAAGGAACUCAAUAAUGGUUUGAAGUUAGAAGAAGAAGAAAGAAGACGACACGAAGCUGAACUCAAAUUGUAUCACCAAUGGAGGAGUAGUAAUCCGUUUCUAAAUCAUUAUGAAAGGAUGCAAGCGAGUAGAGAUUUGAAAUUGUCUUGGUUGGACCAACAAAUCGAAAAUCGAAUGAAGAAAGAGAAAGAGGAAGAAGAAUGUCGCAAAUUACUGAAAGAACGCGAAAAAAUCAUGAAGGAAGAACAGGAGAAGUUUGAUCAAGAACAGAAAAGAUUACAGUUGAAAAAAGAAGAAUUAAAAGCUAGUCUUGAACAACAAAUUGAAGAAAUGCGUCUAAAGACACAAAUUAGUGAAGAAUUGAAACGCAAAGAAGAUGAAGAGAGGAGAAAAAAAGCCGAAUUGGAUGAAAUUCAAUUGAAAAGGAUUGAAGAAGAGAAAAGGAGACUUGACAGAGAGUGCGCUCUUCAUAACAUCAAGCAACACAAACUUAAAUUAAAGAAGAAAGCCGAAGAUGUGGUGAAGACUUUGGAUGAAGAGCGUUACUUAAUUCAGAAAUUGAAAGAAUUAGAAAUUGCAGAAAGACUUGAAGAUGAAACAAAGAAGAUCGAAGUUAAAACUGCACUAGACCAGUUUUUGGCAUUGAAUCAAGAACAGAAGAAACUGGAGAAGAUUCGCCAAAAGAAUUUGGAUUUUUUGUUUGAUUCGGAAGCUAAGUCACUGUAUGAACAACAAGAGAAGUGUUGGAAGGAAGAAGAAGCUUUAAGGACAAAACUAUUGAAAGAUGUUAUUAAAACGAUACAAAAACAAAUUGAAAAUAACAUUGAGAAGAAUAGGAAGAGACAGUUGGAGGUAAUUCAAGAAAGGGAAGAAAUGCUAAAGAAGAUUGAGGAGGACAAUCGGGAAAUGGCGCGUUUGGAGGAGGAGGAAGAAAUUAAGAAACGUAAAAUAAAGUCAAUGCUUAAAGAGGAUCUCGAAUUGAAGAAUUUGAAGAAAAAGGCGAAAGAAAAUUCUGAAUUGAGACGAAUAGACGAUGAAUUGGAAAGAGUUCGGAAAGAAGAAGAACGUCUCAAACAAGAGAUAAUAAAUAUACAACGGAGGCAAGGCCCGAUAAAGUCCACAAGAAGCAAAUUAUUUUUGGGUAAUUGAUUACCUUAAAAUAUAUAACGAAAGCAAGGCCCGAUAAAAUAUUAGAACCUAUUAUUAAAAAUAAUGACAGAGAAAAUGCCAAAAUUCCGAGCAUUUUUUCACAGUUCAGUAACUUUGUUUUUAUUUUCUCGUAACAAUCAAAAUAUUAGAUUUGUCAUAUUUUUUGAAUACUUACAAGAGAUACUACAUACAACGGAGGCAAGGCCGAAAAAGUCUACAAAUCUAAUAUUUUCUUUAUUCAUUUCGGUCUCAAAUAACUUUUCUUCUUCAAAAAACAAAUUCUUCAAUUUUUCUCUUCUCCAUUCAUGAUUUUCGUCAUGUUCACGUUGCUUUUUCGCCUCUUCUAUGAGUUUUUGCUGAUUUUCGUAAUAUUGUUGACCCAUCAUUCAUCAUAUUUCAUAUUCUUUCCUUGAAAAUCUUCGUAAUAUUUCUUUGGUCCUUCCUUUUCUCGUCGUUUGAUCAUUGCAUUUUGUUGUUUUUUUUAUUUUGGAAAAAAAAUUGGGAAUUUAGUUUUGGUACAGAAUGAGAUAAGAAUCCCCAAAAAUAAAAUAGGUUCUAAUAUUUGGUGGCAUAUUUUUGUAAUAUUUGUAAGUUCUAUUUUGAGUCAAGUUUAUGCUAUUGUUAUUAUUGUAAAAUAUGUGAUUUUAAUAAAAUACAAUUACUCGAUUAAACCA